AUGUACCUUCCUGCAUUAUCACCUGCUGCUAUGGAUUCUGAAUACACGCAGGGAGGAUAUGUGCAGGAACAGUUUGGAGGUGGUCAAUACAAGGAUCUGCCAACAGAACUCACUCCAUCAAGACUACGGAGCAAAAUCAAGCCCACAUCAUGCGACGUUGGUAUCACAAGGGAUGCUGCUAUCCAACAUCAAGCAGCCUGCACUCCCAGUGACUAUACCACUAAUACCUUCGCAUCUGAGUCGAUGCACCCCAGCUGUCACAACUCUCCUUUCGUCAAGGCUGUACCUGCUCAAUGCCCUGUGCAGACUCAAGAUCUAUUUUCUAGCACAUUGGCACCCACUAGCCAGCAGCCACAGCUGGUCAUGCCUCAAAAUUUGGACAUAUUCACCCAGCAGCCCCAGUAUGGCACUCUUGAUCAAAACUCCAUGGUUCUUUAUAACCUUCUCACCAUACCAUCUGGAGUUUGGCCAUUGUGGCCCAUGCCAUCAUCUCUGAUGGAACAUGAGGCUCCCAGACUCUCCCCUAGCCCACUUGCUUCAUAUUCGCAGUUACUGACCUCACCACUUCUCAUGCCUACAGUUGCAGGCCCAAGCUCUCAGGGAGGUUCACAGCCUGAUAUGCAUGGGUCAGAUGGGCCCUGGAAUUUUUCAUCUGUAGUAUUGGCAAACUCUUUGCCACCUCAAGGAGCUGUUCCAACGAUGCAUAUCAUCCCACCAACUUCCCUCAAGCCUUUCGAGCUUUUUGCUCUACCUUCUGCUGGUGUGCCACAUCACUGUGCAGUCACAUUCAGUCCAUCAGCCACUGGAAUAUCUCAAGUUGGGUCUGAUGUUAUGAUGGAUGAUGAUAAUGCUCCCAUUGCUGGUUGA